AUGUCGGUUGAGAAAGCCGCAAAGGUCGUAGUCCUUCAGGAGCCUGAGAAGGCUAUCAAAUUAUAUGAGAAAGGACUAGCACUGGUACAGCAAUCUGAUCGUUCGAAACUAGCAGGGGAAUUUCUGAGUCAGAUAGCACGCCUGAAUCUUCGACUGGAACGUUACAGCGAAGCGACGAAGGCUAUUCGCGAUGAAAUAGAAAAGUACGUCGAAGUUAGAGAAGCUGGACGCGUGGGUCAACUUGCAGUUGCGCUGGUCCUUGUGCAACUAGCAAUGGGUGAUUCGGUAGCAGCUGCGAAGUAUUACCAGUGGACAGUAGAACAGUGCGCUGAAUUCGAGUUCACAGAUGACGCAAGAGCAUGUCGCCAAUUGAUUGGUGGUUGGGAGGGCGGAGAUGAUGAACAGUUCCAAAAUGUGCUGAAGGAUGGCGUCUUGCGCAGCAUGGAUAAUGAAUGA